AUGAUGCAACAGUUCCUGAAUUUGAAGCAGUUCAACAGGAUAGUUUAUGAAUAUGAAUGUGAGUUCCACAAGCUGAUUCGUUUCGCUUUGGAGUUUCUUCCGAUGGAGAAAAUCAUAAUUGAUAGGUUUGUUUGCAGAUUGGAUCCCCAAUAUAAGAGAAUUUUGGUUUCUCAUCAUUUUACUACUUUUCAAGAAGCAUUCAAUAAGGCUAAAGCUAUGGAAAAAAUUAACCUUGAAGUUAUGGAGGCGAAGAAAGCUCAGACAAACAAAAGUGGUAGAAAAGGAUUUUCUGGAGGAAAGUCCAGGCAGACACAGACAGCUUCAACAUAUACUAAAGGUUCAGGAUUUCGUCCUAAACAAAAAAGACUUUAUCCAAAUCUGUCGGUAGCAACACUGCAGCGAAGUGAAAGUAAAAAGGGUAGCAAACUAGAAACGUCUGAGGAAACAUCUAAUCAUGAAGGCAGUACUACUGCACGAGUUUAUCAUAUCAAGACUGAUGAUAUCAGAGAUGCUCCUGAGAUUAUUGUAGAUCUUGGCUCUACUUACUCUUAUAUUAGUGCAAAGCUGGUUAGAGAUAAGGGAAUUUCUUUAGAACCUAUUUCUAGUGAUAUUGUGAAAAUCAAUCCACUGGGCCAUAGUAUAAAGGAAUUCGGGAUAAUCUUAGGCAUGGAUUGGUUAUCUUCGUACUAUGCUUUUACUGGUAAGAAUAUGUUUUCACGAGGAUGUCAAGCAAUUUUAGCGAAUGUGUUGGAUACAAGAACUACCAAAGUUAAGUUGGAAGACAAUCAAAAUGUACGAGAGUAUCCAAAGGUAUUUCCUGAUGAGUUACCUGGAUUACCUUUGGAUAGAGAGGUGGAGUUUGGUAUUGAUGUAUUUCCAGGAUAUCACCAGUUAAAGAUUAAAGAUGAAGAUAUUUCAAGGAAAACUUUCAGAACAAGGUAUGGGUACUACGAGUUUGUGAUAGAGCAUGAUGCCCAUAUUUUUACUAUGCUCGAGAUACUUAAGGAUAAAAAGUUAUAUGACAAGCUAUCAAAGUAUGAGUUUUGGCUGUCAGAAGUUGCUUUUCUUGGUCAUGUGGUCUCGGCAGAAGGCAUAAAGGUUGAUCCUAAGAAGGUUCAGGCAAUACUAGAGUGGAAACCUCUAAAGAAUGUUACAGAGGUUUGA